AUGCCCGUCCCGCCAGCCUCGCGCGAGCGCGACGCGGCUCCCGACAUCGGGCCUCUGCUUACGUCGCAACUGGCGAUCGAGUUCGCUUCGCUCCGCGCCCCCGGCAACUGUCCCACAGGAAUCUAUGUCGUCCCGACCGUCGAGACAUUCAGCCGCUGGGCCGGCGUGUUCUUCGUUCACCGCGGCCCGUAUGCCGGCGCGAUCCUGCGCUUCGCACUCGUGUUCCCGCGCCAGUAUCCCCGCGUCCGCCCGCAGGUCUUCUUCGAGAGCGACGUGUUCCACCCCAUGGUGGACCCGAAGACGCGAGAGUGGCACCCCCGCGGCAAGCUUGCGCAGUGGAAGCCACACGUUGACCACGUCGCUAAUCUCCUGCACGAGCUAAAGGCGAGCUUCAAGAGCCCGUCGCUGGCGGCAUGCAAGGAGAGUGAGGCCGUCAACAAGCAGGUCUGGUCGAUGUACCACCAUUCGCUGCAGACGUUCUUGUCUCUCACCGCACAGCGGGCGAGGCAGACAUCGACCAGGCACACGCUGUUCGAUGAGCCAGACUCUCGUCGUGGGGCGUCACCAGCAACGGCUCAUGUGCCCACUGCACCCGCCUCGCCCCAAGUCGGGCGUCAGCGCGAUGACCAGCUCAUCCGCUUCACUGAGCUGGACGACCCAGCUGUCCAGCGCCUUUAUGCCGACCUCCGCCGCUCGCUCGGUGAGCGCUAA